AUGCUGACGAUCAAUGCUGCCGGAGGCGGGAAGACUAUAAGUAAUCCAGUCGAGGCCACUGUGUUUCUCUCAACUUACUACAAGUCACUCUUUACACGUCAACACAGCGAAUUCUCGUUGCCACACUCGUUCGACGCAAUCACAAUGAAGGCCACAUUUUUUGCUGUCGCCGUCGCUGGCCUCGCUGCCGCACACGAGGGCCACGACGAGGCACCGCCAGCCUACAAUGCACCACCGGCUUACGAUGCGCCACAGCCCUCUGUCUCGCUCGGAGAGCCAAAGGUCUUUACUGCGACUCCAAGCGUUUCCCUAGGAGAACCUCUCACCUUCACUGCGACUCCAAGCGUUUCCCUAGGAGAACCUCUCACCUUCACUGCCGCACACGAGGGCCACGACGAGGCACCGCCAGCCUACAAUGCACCACCGGCUUACGCUCGGAGAGCCAAAGGUCUUUACUGCGACUCCAAGCGUUUCCCUAGGAGAACCUCUCACCUUCACUGCGACGCCGUCUGUCGCAUUGGGUCCCCCAAAAUAUUUUACCGAGUCUGCUCCAACUGCUUCCAGCACUGCCUCGUCUUGCCCAGCCCCAGGCGACAAGGACGCAUCAGGCCGCUACAGCUGCAAGUGAGUUCUGUCCCAGCUCAACCUGCCUUUUGUUUGUCAGCCGAAGCUAACAUCAUGUCUAGCCCAGCACACAGUUACCCAGACGGACAGUACUGCACACUGGUCGACGGUUGUUAUUUCCUCCGCACCGUUGGACCAGGUGUCUCCGCCUCCGCCAGCGUUCCAGUUUCGUACGAGACCAAGACGGUGUCUGAGUUCACCACUUUCUGUCCAUCCCCAACGACCUUCGUCCACAGCGCCACAACCUACGCUGUCACUGCCGCCACCACAAUUGUCAUUCCAUGCCCAGGUGGAUGCGCCGUUACCAAGCCAGUCACCACUGCUCCUGGUACCGCUCCAGCUCCUCAGCCAACUCUGAGCUCUGCAGUUCCAUCUAUCCCAGUCUCUCGCAACGGCACCACUUCCGCACCACCAGCCACUUACACUGGUGCUGCUAACAAGAUGCUUGCUGGCGGUGCUCCAUUGGCUGCUGCUGCUCUUGGUGCUUUCUUCUUGUAAAAGGAAAAAAUGGAGGAAGUAAUGGACUGCGAUCUCAAUUGCAGAAAUCAUGGACUACGGGAAAAGCAAGAGACGACCACCACAGCAGAUACCUUUUGUGCGCGCGUGGAUUCCGAUUGGGAGCCAAAUGAUAGCUGUAAUAGAAUCUCAUCACCUAGUCUGAAGACCUACCAAUGUCUAAUAUCCAGUGGUGCUCGAUAGCAAGCUGCUACUUAUCCGCUGCUCUGAAUGUCCUUAUUAUCUCG